AUAGUAACCUCUUACAGUUGUCACAGUCACUGGAGAGAGGAAGUGAAAAACUACCCUCCUCGUGCUGAUGACAAGAGAGAGAAAUAAUCAGAGACCACAUCGCCAUCGUGAAGAUGUUUAAUUCUCCCAUACUCCUUUUAGUCCUGUUUUAUCUCCGCCUGAGCACAGAAUGGCCUACGCACACAGUCUGCAAGGAGAACAAUUUGGAAAUAUAUUACAAAAGUUGUGAUCCCUUGCAAGAUUUCGCUUUCAGCAUCGACCAGUGUGCCAAUAUCUUAACGAAUACUUUUAACAUCAGAGCUGCAAUGAUCUUAAGACACAGCAUCACGGAAUUGUUCCUGAAUGUUAAUCUCAUGCUAAAUGGGAAGAGUGUCCUCGGCUACUCAAAGAAACUUUGUGAGCCGAAUGGCCAUAGGUUUCUUUUCUGUGGAAAGAAAAAGGGAGAACAUAUCUACUAUGAAGGACCUGUCAAAUUGGGAAUCCAUGCAAUCCCCAAAGGAGUGUUCAAAGUUUCAGUGAAGCUGAAUAAUGGAGAUCAUCUGACUGUUGCUUGUGCUGAAUUUACCAUAACACAUAAAUAGUUUUCCUCCACAUAAAUCAAAUAAAUGAGCAGAAACUGUUCAUUUAAAGUGGUAGGUCUCCAAAACAUUGCAAACUUUGUAGUCAAGAAAGCUACCGUAUUUUCCGGCGUAUAAG